AUGGAGAUGUAUGGGGUGUCAAUUCCCAAAAUGGAUUGGGAAAGCACGAACUUACCCCAAGCCUGGGAUAAGUUUCAAAGGCACGCCGAACUAGUGUUCUCUGGGCCCCUAAAGAACAAAAGUGACGAAGAGAAAGCGUCGUACGUCCUUCUUUGGGUCGGAGACAAAGGAAGGGAUAUUCGCCAGACGUGGACGACAAUUAGCGAGACUGACGCUAAAAAGCCGGCAACGUUUUUUAAGAAAUUUAAGGAAUACGUCCAGCCGAAACUUAACCCGAUAUUUGCCAGGUUCAAGUUUAACAACAUAGUUCAAGGUGCUGACAAUUUUGAAUCAUUCGUUACAAAACUGAGAUUAGCGGCGACAGAUUGCCAGUUUACCAGCUCAGACGAAAUGAUUCGCGAUCGGAUCGUUUUUGGAAUUUCGUCGGCCAAACUGCGCGAGAAGCUUAUUAACGAAGGAGAGAAACUGUCGCUGGACAAAGCUGUUCAAAUAGCACAGAACUUUGAAUACGCCAGAGAGCAGAUGCGAACCAUGACGACGACUUCCGGCGAAGAAGCCCAUUCUUCAGCUGUAUACCAGGUGCGGCGGCAACCAAAUGAGCGAUACCGGAAGUACCAGCCAGAGAGACCAGCUGCGGCGUAUAAGCCGAGGGACGACAACAAAAACUGUGGUAAUUGUGGAAACAAACAUUCAAGGACAGCCAACUGCCCUGCAAAGGGAAAACAAUGCCAUGCGUGUAAAAAGUGGAACCACUUUGCACAAAUGUGUCGUACGAAUGAGGUGACCAAAAGGGUAAACGAACUGAGAGUGGAUUAUGAAUCAAGUUGUGAAUCAGACGACGAUGCAUUCUAUGUGGACACCGUGAAAACAGCAGGUAAGUUGGUUUCACAAGCCCAUGCCACUCUUAUCAUUGGCCCCGUCAAGAAACCUAUAAAGUUCAAAAUUGACACAGGCUCUAUGGUGAACAUUUUGCCUAACAAUGUUUACAGGCAGCUUAAAGUUCACGGCCCCUUAUCAAUAGCAUCACACAAGCUGACCUCUUACACUGGGGAUUCUCUGAAAGUACUCGGCACAGUAGACUUGCCAUGUGGCUACAAAGAGCACAUGGUAACAGCCACUUUUUACAUUGUAGAAACAAAUUCCCAACCUCUACUCUCGCUGACUACGUCUGUUGACUUAGAGCUCAUCAAACUGACAUACGCUGUCGAUAAAUCGUCCUCUAAACAUGACAUUGUGACAGAAUAUAAUGACAUUUUUCAAGGUGUUGGUCUCCUUCCAGGUAAAUGUCAAUUACACCUGCGAAAAGAUGCAAUUCCCGUAGUAAACGCUACUAGACGGGUACCGUAUGCAAUAAAAGACAAACUCAGACAGGAGUUAGAUCAAAUGGAACAAGAAUCGAUCAUUUGCAAGGUCACAGAGCCAACAGAAUGGGUCAAUUCUCUUGUUUGUGUAGAGAAACCCCAAACUGGCAAAUUACGCAUUUGUAUAGACCCUAAACACUUAAACGACGCCCUACUGCGACCUCACUAUCCAAUGAGAACACUUGAAGAAGUGACCUCUGACAUCUCAGGUGCUCGCUUCUUCUCUGUGUUGGAUGCCAAAUCAGGUUACUGGAGUAUCGAGUUGACAGAAGAGUCUUCAUACAUGUGCACAUUUGGCAGUCCAUUCGGACGGUAUAGAUUUCUUAGACUUCCUUUUGGAAUCAAAUCAAGUCAAGACGAAUUCCAAAGACGAAUGGACGAGUGUUUAGAGGGUCUCACUGGUGUAAAAUGCAUUGUUGAUGACAUUCUUGUUCAUGGAAAAACGCUAGAGGAACAUGACACUAACUUACGCAACGUACUAGGACGAUGUAGAGAAACGGGCAUUCGACUCAAUCCUGACAAAUCCAAAAUCGGACUGACAGAAGUCCCGUACUUUGGUCAUAUUCUUACAUCCGACGGACUCAAACCAGACCCUGACAAAGUGGCAUCCAUCCUACAAAUGAAAGCACCAACGUCACGUGCAGAGCUAGAGACUCUGUUAGGAAUGGUUACAUAUCUCAGCAAGUUCUCGCCAAAACUGGCCGAGUUGACAAACCCAUUGCGGGCACUGCUAAAAAAUGACAUGCACUUCCAUUGGGACAGACAACAUGACAAAGCUUUUGACGAUGUCAAAAAAGCCCUGACUGAGAGCCCUGUGCUAGUAUAUUUUGACACGCACAAACCUGUGACGCUUCAGGUAGACAGUUCAAAAUACGGACUAGGUGCAUGCAUAUUGCAAGAUGGUAAACCUGUCAUAUAUGCAUCAAAAUCAUUGACACCUACAGAGGUAGGAUACGCACAAAUUGAGAAAGAAAUGCUUGCUAUUCUAUUUGGGUGCAAACGUUUUCACCAUUUCGUGUACGGACGUCAGGUUCUUGUUCAAUCAGACCACAAACCGAUUGAGAGUAUCGUAAAAAAACCACUCUCUGCUGCCCCAGCCAGACUUCAACGUAUGUUAUUGCAACUGCAAGCAUACGACAUUCUGGUCACGCACGUACCUGGAAAAUCAAUACCAGUCGCUGACACACUUUCCAGGUAUUAUGCCGAAGACACAUGUUCAGACUUAAUUGACGGUCUAGAUUUCCAAAUCCAUUCAGUCAAGUCAAAUCACAACAUGAGCGACACAAAACUAGACGAGGUUAGGAUAUCGACUGACAAAGACGCCGAACUUUGCACUUUGAAACGUGUCAUUCUCGAUGGAUGGCCUGACAAACGCACACAUUGUCCUUCGUCUGUAUUGAAAUACUGGACAUUCAGAGACGAACUAACUGUCACGGACCGUAUGAUAGUGAAAGGUGAGAAAAUUCUCAUCCCUCGCGAAAUGAGAUCUUCCAUGUUAGAAAAAAUUCACAUAGGUCAUUUAGGAAUCGGCAAGUGCACCAGCCGAGCACGUGACGUAAUGUUUUGGCCUGGAAUGUCGAGUGACAUAUCCGACAUGGUUCAACAAUGUGACAUUUGCCUGACGCAUAGGAGUUCAAAUAACAAAGAACCAAUGCAACCUCAUCAGAUUCCAGAACAGCCCUGGCAAGUUGUUGCAACUGACAUUUUUACACUGGACGGUGUUGAUUACCUCGUUACCGUUGACUAUUACUCCAGAUUCUUUGAAGUUGACAAAUUAUCGGACACAAAAAGUAUCACCGUAAUACGCAAACUAAAGACACAUUUUGCUAGAUACGGUAUCUGCCAAAAAGUUGUCAGCGACAACGCAGCUCAGUUCACAUCAGAACAAUUCAUUACAUUUGCGAGGGAAUGGGGUUUUGAGCAUACGACUUCUAGUCCCCUUUACCCUCAAUCUAACGGUCUGGCAGAAAAGACGGUACAGACGGCUAAACGACUGUUACGAAAGGCAAAAUCUGACAACAGAGACCCAUACUUAGCCUUUCUAGAGUAUCGAAACUGCCCACUGGAGUGUGGAUACUCUCCCUCUCAACUGCUUAUGUCACGACGAUUGAGAUCUAUUAUCCCGACGGUAAAAUCUCUUCUUAAACCACAGACGGUUAACACAGACAUUGUGCAGGACAAGAUCAAUAAAUCGCGCUCCAGCCAAAAACACUACUACGAUCAGACUGCUAAAUCGCUACCGCCCUUGGCAGACGGACAGACGAUCAGGGUUCAAAUGAAAAAAAGAUGGGUUCCGGCAAAACUUAUUAAAGACAACCAUGACAGAUCGUACACAGUUCAGACUGAGGACGGUGGUAUUUACAGACGAAACAGACGAUUUAUUAUGAGUACUAAAGAGAAAUGCCCCGAACUUUCGGAAAACUUUCCAAAUUUGCUGCAUCAGACAGAUUGCGGCAAGUCUCAGUCCAAUGAGUCAGCCGAAAUAUCUCCCUUAAUCUCUCCACAAAAUAUGUCUGCGUCCCACGAAAAUCAGCCAUACGUAACUAGAUACGGGCGCUCUGUGAAACCAACUUCCCGCUUAGUAGAACACGCUUGA